GAACAAAAAUUUGUGAUGAUCUGUACAAAUCAGGCAAGACAAUCACCGGGGUGUAUACAAUCGACCCGGAUGGCCUGGGAGCGUUUACUGUUCCUUGUGAUAUGGAAACCACUCCAGGGAGGGGCUGGACUAUAUUCCAAAGACGUAUAGAUGGCUCUGAGAACUUUAACAGAACCUGGGCGGAGUACAAAUCCGGAUUUGGCAAUUUGUCUGGUGAAUUUUGGCUCGGAUUAGACAAGAUUCAUCGUCUCUCAGCCAAUGGACAGAAUUGGCUGAGAAUUGAUCUCGACACUUUUGAAAACGGGGCAGCUUAUGCAUUGUAUGAAUCCUUUUCUGUGGGAAAUGAAAGAGACGCUUACGUUUUAAAUAUUGGUAACUACUCAGGUAAUAAUCAAUAUAUAGAUAUAAAUUCCACUACCGUAGGAAGCAAUUUUGUAUUGGAGGACGGGGGAGGGGGUGGCUGAUUAGUCAGGGGCGAUUAUUAGGUCAUUGUUUCCCUCUCAAACUUUACAGAUUGUCGCUAGUUUAGAAAUUGUUGGGAGGGCUGAAGCCCCUCCCCCCAGCUUCCCCUUGCUACGGCCCUGAAUUCUUUGCAUGCUUGCAAUUUAAAACAUAAUUCUUAAACUCAUUGUCGUGUUUAUAUUCAUAUUCAUGCUACUUCAUGUAUGUAUGAUAUAGUGGAUUAAAGGAUUUGAAAAAGAAAGCACGUACGUGCAAUUCUAUACAAAUCAGGGUUUAUUUUAACGUGCAGCUCUACACAAAAUGUGCAUUUCUAAACCCGUUUGUGCAGUUCUUAAAACUCAAAUGUGCAGUUACCAAAUUAACAAAAAUAUAACCUCAAAACAGUCUUCUCAUUUACGCGUUUUCCUUGUGGAUGCUCCAGAUGCCAGAAAUAUUGUCAUUGAGCAUCAAAAAUCUAAAUGUUUUCUGGGAGAGGAUCACCAGACCCUCAUAUUUUCCAGCUCACAAAUCACAUACGUGCUGGGGGUAAUGGAACAGGAGGUAAAAUUAGUGUGAGCGAAGCUAUCCAAAAGAGAUUAGAGUGGGAGAACCUAAUAUUCUUUGCUGCCUAAGGUUAUUAUAUAUUGAGUAUUCAUGAUUCACAGUUACAUGUUUUGAAACAGUUUUUGUGGGUGGUUGGGUGAAACAAAUCUUUGGCAGAACUUACGAGCCUCUAAAUUCAAAAUUGGGGGGAGUCCCCUACCUGUAGCUCUCCCACCCAGAAUUGAGUUUCUCUUGUCCCACCCAACCACGCCUUUAUUCUGCCACCUAUAUACAAGUUAAGAGUCAUAAUUUACAAUGUUAACUAUAAAUUUACAACGUUAGAUAUAGAUAAAAAUCCUUUGACCCCCCAGUCAAGCACCCUUUGACUCCCAGUCAAACACGUGAUGCUUUGUAACAUCCUUAAUAUGUGCAGUUCUAAAUUUUUCUUAAAAUAAACCCUGAUACACAUUACUGAUUUAUGAACAAAAAACAAAGAAAACCAGCAUCAUAUCGUUGUCUUGGUAACAUGUGUAUUAUACACCAUGAAUGAAACGAACUAUCGCUUUGGAUUUGUAUAAUAAAAUUGGUAAAAUUUUAGCUCCUUUAACACCAAAUAUUUCCGAGAGAAGGGGAAAUAACAGGAAACAUUAAAGCCCACGAAGUUAUUGAAACUCCUACACGUGACAAACAUCACGGUAACUUGAUUGGCUAAAAUAUCAUGAAUUAUUAAUGAUUUUGUGAAUUUUUGUUUAAUAUUUACUUCGCAGGGACAGCAAGAAAUUCUUUUAAAUAUCACAAUGGAAUGAAAUUCAGCACUCUAGACGUAGAGAAUCAUAAGUCCCAGAAGACUAACUGCGGAAAGGCAUGGAAAGGCGGAUGGUGGUUUAACAGUUGUAGUAAUGCCUACUUGAAUGGUAAAUAUCAAGAACCUGAAAAAAAGUUUGGAAAGCCAGGUAUUUACUGGAAAGGCUUGGUCUCGCCGGACGGAAAAGAUGUUUUAAAGGGCAGUGAAAUGAAACUAGGACCUGCUAAGGUUUAA